GGAUCCCCCGGCAGGGACCUGUCCCCAGGCCUGGCGCCCCUCUCCAGGGUCCAGAGCCUUCUGACUUAGGCGAUCUGGACGGGGUGAUACUUCUCAAAGAGUAGGGACCCCUCCCCAGGAGCCGAACCUUCCCUCUGGGACACCCACGCUCCUUGGACCAGACAGAACCUCUUCUCCUGGGACCUCCUGCCAGGUUCUGGGUGUCCCUUAUUCCAGGCCUGGGUGCCCUUGACUUACAGGUUAUGCGGUGAGGAGACUUCCCUCUCAAAGCAAGGGGACCUCAACCCUGACUAGGGUCUGGGGAACCCCUGCACUUAGGGUCCUCGAUUCUCAAAAGAAGUCCCCCUCUCACGUGCCCCCUGCCUCAGUUUACCCUGCGGUGUCUGCUGCUGUGGGCUGUUCCCGAGGGUGGGGGUAUCUGGUGGUGUUUGUGGGCACCAGGGUGUAGAUGCCUCUGGGGUGAAGGGAGUCGGGGUGGGGUCACAUCAACUGAGAGUCUUGGGUCUCUGGCGUGUCCUUACUGCGUUCUGAAUCUCAGUCCACCCCCACGGCCACACACCUGUAAGGAGCGGGCCAGGGCUACAGAAGGAGGGAGUUUGCCCCCAGCGUCAUGCGGUGUGACUGCAGGAGAAAUGUUGGCCUCUCUGGGCUGCUCCUGGCAAAGCCAGAUCUCACUUAUACCAGUCUGCGAAAUUGGCGAGGCCAGGUGCAAGUGCGACAGCCCCCAACAGUACUGCGUAAAACAGAUGCUUUGCCAAUAGCUCCCAGGCGCCAGGGUCCCCGGCCACCGCACUCCCCACCCCCACCCCGCUCAACUACCGUGGAAACCGAGACGGGUAGCGCGGUGGGGCGGGGCAGGAAGGGGCCCACGAGGCACUUCCCUUCCCCAGGGGCUCAUGUCGGAGCCACUUUUACCCCUCAGUGCCCACCUGGCCCCAGACAUUCGUUGAGGCUUCCUUAAAACACUGGAGGGUGACGCUGGCGGAACUACUGUGACCUCAAGCGAGGGUCCCCCUGCCUCUGAGCCUCUGGGGGCUCCUCUGUGAAACGGGCUGAGUAGGAGCCUCCGGUUGCCUCAGAGUAACCUCAUCUCCUGCCUCGCCCUGAGCUCGUGGCCUCCAAGCUUCACCCUGUGAAGGGGCCGCUCCUCCACUCAGCCGGCGUCGCUUCCUCCAGGCAGCCCCCGGGGCACGCUGAUCCUGCGCCUCCUGCCCCUUACCGGCUCCGACCCGCAGGACCGAUAGCGAGGGGCGGGGCCUUGUUUAUGGCCGCCCCCUACUGGUGGGCUGAAGACUCUGUCGCCCCAGCGACAAAAAUGGGAAGGCUGAGUAAGAGGUGGGUCCGAACAGCGGCGGGUCCUGCUGCCACCAGAGGGCGCCAGCGCGCCGCAGGCUGCACGGAAACGAUUCCCGCGGGCGAAUGCCCCGUGAGGCUCUUCUCUGGGGAAACUGAGGCCUAGAAGGGUCACGCCGGCCCGGGAGCACCCUGCAGUCCUGCACCCGAGGGUGCCUGAGUGUGCCCCGUACUUGGCUCUUUCCUUUGGGGUGUGGGGGCUGGGGACGCUUGGAUCAGGCCUAGGGACUCGGGGCGAGUAGUUUGCCAGAAGCCGGAAGUCGGGAAGGGAAGCUUAGGCAGAAGCACCGAGGCGCGGCCGGGAGUCUCGGGAGCCUGUUGGUGAGCUGGGCGCGAGGCGCUCGGAGGAAUCGAGCUGGGGCUGCGCGACCCUCCAAGGCCUCCCGGCUCUACAGAAGUGGAAACUGAGGCACCAAGAGGCUGACCCUUGACAUGUGGUCACGUGGCUGAGCGGGGCUCCUGAGGAGGGAGGCCCCUCCUCUUCCUUCCCCCUCCCGCUUUGCGCUGCAGGACUGAGACCGGCCCCCUGCCCAGCUCGAACUGGGGUCGGGCCCGCUUCCCAGCUCUGACUAGACGUGUCUCCAGUCACGUCUGCAAGUGGCAGCCAGGUGAUGAUUAAGCCGAGAGGGAGACUGCUUUGCUAGUUGAUCUCGGGCCUGGGUCUCCGCCUCUGAGCCUCGGUUUCCCUUCCUUAUUCUCGGGACCCUCUAGAGACUGGCUUCGGAGGCUUCGUGCUUCAUUGUCCCCGCCCCGCCACCGCCGGUCCGCGAGCUUAGAGCGCGACGGCGCUGAACAGGGGCGUUUGUUAUUUUGCUCCACGCCUGGGCGAAGCCACGCCCCUCUCGCCACGCUAUUGGUGGAUCCCUUUUCGGGGGGAGAGGCUUACAUCUCAGGCUCCACCUCCGUCCUGCCGUAUAAAAGCGGCGCCGCCGGCUGACGGCGCGGGGUUUCUGGCCCGCUCGGCGACUGCGCGUGCGUGCGCGGUGAGAGUUUGCGUCUGGAGACUGCAGCGUCUUUAGCUCGCGUUCCGCGUCGCGGGUUCGAGGCCAGGGUCCGCGCGUGGUGGGUUCGCGCCCCGGGGCGUGAUGCUGUUUGACAAGGUGAAGGCGUUCGCGGUGCAGCUGGACGGCGCGACCGCGGGCGCUGAGCCGGUGUUCAGCGGCGGCCAGGUCGUAGCGGGCCGGGUGCUGCUGGAGCUGGCGGGCGCGGCGCGCGUGGGCACCCUGAAACUGCGCGCGCGAGGCCGCGCACACGUGCACUGGACCGAGUCCCGCAGCGCGGGCUCCAGCACCGCGUACACGCAGAGCUACAGCGAGCGCGUGGAGGUCGUGAGCCACCGCGCCACGCUGCUCACCCCAGACACCGGAGAGACCACGACCCUGCCUGCUGGGUGUCACGAGUUCCCGUUCAGCUUCCAGCUGCCUCUGACCCUGGUGACAUCCUUUGAGGGAAAACAUGGCAGUGUCCGAUACUGCAUCAAGGCCACCCUGCACCGCCCCUGGGUCCCAGCACGCAGGACCAGGAAGGUGUUCACUGUCAUUGAGCCCGUGGACAUCAAUACACCUGCCCUGCUGGCACCUCAAGCAGGAGCUCGGGAAAAGGUGGCCCGAUCCUGGUACUAUAACCGCGGCCUCGUCUCCCUCUCUGCCAAGAUCGACCGCAAGGGCUACACUCCAGGAGAGGUGAUCCCCGUCUUCGCUGAGAUCGACAACGGCUGCACGAGGCCCGUGCUGCCCCGGGCGGCUGUGGUGCAGACGCAGACGUUCAUGGCCAGAGGCGCCCAAAAGCAGAAGCGAUCGGUGGUGGCCAGUGUGGCGGGCGAGCCCGUGGGCCCCGGGCGGCGGGUGCUGUGGCAGGGCCAGGCGCUGCGCAUCCCGCCCGUGGGCCCCUCUAUCCUGCACUGCCGUGUGCUGCACGUCGGCUACUCCCUCAAGGUUUGCGUGGACAUCCCAGGCACGUCCAAGCUGCUUUUGGAACUGCCGCUGGUCAUUGGCACUGUCCCCCUGCACCCCUUUGGUAGCCGCUCAUCCAGCGUGGGCAGCCACGCCAGCUUCCUGAUGGACUGGGGGCUGGCGGCCCUGCCCGAGCGCCCCGAGGCCCCUCCCGAAUACUCAGCGGUGGUCACCGAAGAAGAGGUGGCAGCCACCUCGCAGAGCCCCUUCCCGCCGCUUCCCGACCCCAGGCUGAGCCUGGAGGGGCCCUACUUCGCCUGCAUCCAGGAGUUCCGCUUCCGGCCGCCCCCCCUGUACUCGGAGGAGGACCCAAACCCCCCUUCGGAGGCCAUGAGGCCACGCUGCAUGACCUGCUGAGCGGCACGGGGACACCUGGAGGGGCGCGCUUGCCCACAGAUCUCCCGCCACCGCGACCACGGGGAACGGCUGGACCAAGAGCUCAGGAGCCCAAAGUUGAGGAAACUGAGUCUUGGGGCAGGGCCAGGCUGUCCCACUGUCCCACAGGACGGAGGAGGAGCCAGGCUGGGACCUGACGUGUGUGGACCAGCCAUCCCAAAGCAUCGGCACCAGCACCGGACCCAGGGGACUGUUGGGCCCCCAUGUGCCUGGCCUAUGAGUGGUGCCAGGUCUCCCAGGAGCCUCUAGUCUUAGGGAGCCAGAGCCAGACAUGGACACUUCCCAUCUCGUGAAGUCAGAGGGGACCCAGGGCUGGGGGCAUCCAGAGAGGCAGCGGGGGAGGCGUGGCUGGCCGAGGCUUUGGAGGACAAAGAGGAACUCAGCAGGCGGGCGAGCGGGAAGGGGAAGUUGGAGAAGGUCAGCGCUGAGUGGCAUCUGGGGGCCACCACCUUCAGCUUUCGAAUGGGGCUGAGAGGGGAGGCGUCUUCAUGGGCUGAGGGGCCUGGCAGGCAAGAAAGAGGGCCCAGGAGCAAGGCGUUCAGGAAAUCAGGUCACUGGAGCGACGUGGGGCAGCAGAGGUCCCUGGCUCAGGCUGGACAGCCUGGGAGUUCCUCCAAGUGCCCCAGGACAUAGGAGCUGCCUGGUGAUCUAGGGCCCGGGACUCAGGUUCAGGGAGGGGCGGGCAGGAGCAGCCAGGCUACUUACUAAAUGGACAUCAGGCCUUGCUCACGGGCGACUUAGGACUUCAAGACAGUGACAACAGCAUUAAAGCAGGCCCUGGGGACUCAAGUCAGCCUAGGGUGACAUAUCAGGGACCAUUGUGCUUCAGGAGGCCCCCCCUGGGGGGGUUGAAGGGGGCAGCUGGACAAGCCCCCAGCCGCAGGGCCCAUCCCCGGGCUCGGCAUGGGUGACAGGCCUUAAAAUCACUAUUUUAUACAAUUAUUUUUUAUAAAAUAAAAGUGUGGCAGAAGAGA